UAUACCUUGCAGUCGAGUUUUACCAAAUCUUUCUUCUCACCGCCCAUCUCUCCUGUCUUUAAUUUCCUUCAUCACCCUCCGGCCUCCGUUCCCAUCGAUUAGAAUACCUCUCAAUCUCCGUCUCUCUCUGGUUCUUAGAAGCAGAGGAAUCAUCAGCUGGUAGACAUGGCAGAUUUAGGUCAUCUGGAGAAGAUGGGCAGAGAGCUCAAGUGCCCCAUUUGUUUGAGCCUCUUGAGCUCAGCGGUAUCACUUUCAUGCAACCAUGUCUUCUGCAACUCAUGCAUUUUGGCAUCGAUGAAGUUGAUAGCUGAUUGCCCAGUUUGCAAAGUUCCAUUUCGUCGAAGAGAAGUAUGUCCGGCUCCUCAGAUGGAUAACCUUGUAAGCAUUUUCAAGUGCAUGGAAGCUGCAGCAGGGACUAAUAUUUUUUCCACUCAACUAGCACCUUCAGCCAAAAAUUCAGAUGGAUUGACCGCAGGCAAUCACGAUAAAAAUUCUAGUUCAGCAGAAACUGCUGUUGCACAUCAGGGCAAGUCAAUGAAAGAAGGAUUAUCCAGGAAAAUGCAAAAGGAUAAUGAGAAAUCUGUUGCCAGGAAUUCAUACGGUCAACCAUCAAAAAUGCCUUCUUUCCCCGCCAAGAAACGGGUACGUGUGACGCCAUACCCUGUCUCAGAGACUCCAGCGCGCCCUGACAAGGCUUCUGGAUUAAGAGAUUCAAGCAUUGAGUUGAAUGAUAGCAAGGAAAUUAAUAAAAGUGAAAAACUGGCUAUGGAGGAACAGUUUUCACCUUUCUUUUGGCUGAGAGAAGAAGAAGACAACAAAACUCCAGAGAAACCAAGCGGUCAGCAGACAGCAGAUACACCUCCACCUUAUAAUGUUCCUUGUUUUAGUGACAUCAAAGACUCUGACUAUGAAUCUCCUGUCAAAUUGACUCCAACUGGUGAAUUGCAGAGCAAACCCAACGCUGUAAUAGCUUUUGAUAGUGAAAUGUUUGAAUGGACCCAAAGAGAUUGUUCUCCAGAACUAUGUUCAACACCAAUUAAAACGCAGACUGCAGGUAGGUAUAGGCUUGAUGCAGUCCAAGAGAAAGAAUGUCAGAAUGACUUGGAGGUUGGGAUUGCAUCAAGCAUUGGAGUCCCCUAUGAAAAUGUUGAAAUUGGAACUGUUGAUAUGAAGAACAGAAGAAAGAACAAUAAAAUUCAAACAAGGCAUGCGAAAUUGUCUGUCCCAAGAAGCAGAUGCAAGGUCUGCAAUGAUGCCAAUAAAGAAAGUCCUACUGAUGCUGUGGAAGUAGCUCAAAAUUCAAGUCAGGAAAAUGAGGAAACUGAUAAACGAAGUCGGGCUUUUGCAAGGAAGAUCCUAAAACAGUGCAGUGAUCCUGAUAGCCAUCAGCAAACAAAGCAUCUGAGAAUUGCGACUGACCUGCUUAACAAUUCUGCCACAACAGCCAGAAAAAGGGGCAAGGAGACCAUCAUUGAGUCACAGAGAAAGCACAAGAAUAAAUCCAUUGAUGAUUCCAUAGAGUGCAUAAAGAAAUCAAUAGAUGAUUCUGUAACUAAGAUACUUGAGGAAAUACCUGCCAAUUCUGUCAAUGAAGCAAAAGCACAAAAUCAAAAUCGUCAGGAAAAGCGUCUAGAACAUGACAAAGGCUCUCACAACGGUUGCCCCAGAAGAGGAAAGAAGAAACAGGAGCAGUUAGGAGACUCAAAAGCACAACGAAGGAUGAAAAAUCAGACUGCUGACUCAGUUGCGACCAAGAAUGAUGUCCAAAUUCCUCCUACAAUGAGCACAUCUUUGGGUGAAAACAUUAAAACUGCCAUCAAUCCCCCUCAGGAAUCUGAGAACUUGGUUAUCAAAAACACAACAAUGAUCAGGUGUCAUACUCUUGGGAAUAAUAUGUUGAGAAAAUGUGAAAACAACAAAUUUCAGAUUCAAUGUGCUUUCUGUCAGUCUACAAAUGAUACAGAGGAUUCUGGGGAAAUGAUGCAUUAUUUCAAUGGCAAGCCUGUAACUGCAGAUUUUAAUGGAGGUGUCAACGUCAUACAUUCUCAUAAGAAUUGCACAGAAUGGGCCCCUGAUGUAUACUUUGAAGAUGAUAUGGCCAUCAACCUUGCAGCAGAGAUAACAAGAAGUAGAAGGAUCAAAUGCAGUUGUUGUGGCAUCAAAGGGGCUGCUCUUGGAUGCUUUGAGAAAAGUUGUCGCAAGAGCUUCCACUUCACUUGUGCUAAGUUGAUUUCUGAAUGCCGAUGGGACAGUGAAAAUUUUGUAAUGCUUUGCCCUCUUCAUUCAUCAUCCAAACUGCCGACUGAAACUUCUGAGCCCCAGAAGCAAAUCAGAAAGAGAGAUGCUCCAAUAGGAGUGUCUCAAGUUUCAUCAUUAACUAAAGCUGGUGAUGACACGAGUAGGAUGUGGACAUGGCCUUCUGGAUCACCUUGCAAGUGGGUUAUUUGUUGCUCUGCUCUUUCUGUUGCAGAGAAGGAUAUCAUCUCUGGAUUCGCAAAAAUGACUGGUGUAACCGCAGCUAAAACUUGGAGCCCAAUGGUUACUCAUGUCAUCGCAUCAACCGACAAGAAUGGGGCAUGUAAAAGAACUCUCAAGUUCCUGAUGGCCAUCCUUGAUGGAAAGUGGAUAUUAUCAAUUGAUUGGAUCAAAGCAUGCAUGGAGGCCAGGGAACCUGUUGACGAGGAGGCAUAUGAAAUUACAGUAGAUGUGCACGGAAUAAGCAAGGGCCCCCAGUUGGGAAGACUGAGGAUAAUUAAUAAGCAGCCGAAGCUCUUCAAUGGAUUCAGCUUUUAUUUCAGUGGAGAGUACACGCCAUCUUAUAAAGGUUAUCUGCAAGAUCUUGUCAUUGCUGCAGGAGGCACUGUUUUGCAGAGGAAGCCCAUUUCAAGAGACCAAGAGAAAUUGUUGGAUGACUCCUUGACUUCCCCAGUCUUCAUAAUAUACAGCCUUGAGCAUCCAGACAAAAACAGAUUCCAAGAUUACACUUUGAUUUUUAACCAUAGGAGAGCUGAAGCUCAGGCACUUGCUGAUGCUUCUGGAGGCAAAGUGGUAGCCAAUACAUGGAUCAUAGACUCCAUUGCUGCUUGCAAAUUGCAAACUCUAAGUUGAAUGCCCAGUAACAAAUAAAAAUUUCUUUUAAUGUCUUCAGCAACACCUGUCUCCAAGUUGUGGAUAAAAGAUAUGAAUAAGGAUUCACUGUUGGCAAUUUGCGUGGCAAACGCUUGACUGAUUUAGAACAAUAGCCAUUGGGCUGUGCCUUAAGCUCUCAUUUCUCAAGCAUAUUGGUGCUUCCUCCUGCUUGUGCAGAGUUUUUCCACGUGUACGCCCAUGCAGUAGCAAUUUUAAUAUUUUUGCCUUUUUUUCUAGCUGUUAUUUGCUUCCAAGGUCAUGAAAUUGUAUCCCAGCCCAAAGUUGGUUUUCUUGCUGAUUCUUUUCUGUACAUCUAUCUUCAUUAUAUUCACUCUUUGAU